GGUUCAUUGGCAACUGACCGUAGUGUCUCAUCGGCAACCCAUCUGGAAUUAGAAUUCCUAAUCACCCUGAAAAUGAUCACAUCCAUCGUGGCGGUUCUUCUCUUGGUCACGACCACACUGGCCAGCGAUUAUCCCAAUGGCGGUUGGCAAGGGAUAAGUUCUCCGGCGUCGUACGGUAACAUCGUCGACCACGGUUCCGAGACUGCGAUACAGCACGAUUCGUCUGCCUACGGUUCGUACGGCGGUUCGACGAGCUCAGGGGGUUACGGUGGUGAAUACGAUCACGGCGCCCAACACGGCGGAUACUCGGGAGGGUACGGCGACGGGGGUCACGGUGGCAACUCGCAGGAAUCGAACCACGGCGGGUACGGCGGAGGCUACGGGGGUGGCUACGGGGGCGGUUACGGGGGCGGUUACGAGGUCAGCCACGUCCAGCAUCAUCACGCUCAAGCGAUUCCCAUCAGCGAACACAUAGAAAUAACCAGACCGGUGGCCGUCCCGAUUUACAAAAACAUCGGUGUUCCCGUCGCCCAACCGGUCGCCAUCGCUGUUCCGCACCCCAUAGCCGUCGGGGUGCCGCAACCCUAUCCGGUUCACGUUCCAGUUGCGCAUCCGGUGGCCGUUCCAGUGGUGAAGACAAUCGCCGUUCCCGUUGAAAAGAAAGUUCCGUAUCCAGUUGAAAAGAUAAUCCCUGUACCGGUUGAGAAGGCGGUUCCAAUUACAAUCGAGAAACAUAUUCCUGUGCCGGUAGAAAAACCUUAUCCCAUACACGUUCCGGUAUACAAACACGUAUUCCAUCGUGUGAAAAGUCACGGAUGGAGCCACUAAUGACAAUGUAACAUAAUCGGGGACGAGUGCGCGAGCGUCCUUUGUACGUUUCAUUGUUUCUCGCGAAUACUUGGCUCGACACUUUACUCUCAUGGAUCGCGAGGGAUUCCGAUCGUUAUACUUUUCAGAGGUCGUCCGUCGUCAUUUGUCUCCGUACACCGGCAGCCCUUCGGACGGACACUCGAUGUGGUUGUUUUCUUUGAUUGAGAAACAAAAAGAUCGACGUUCCGCCUCAUUUCAUCCACGUCGCAUCGUACGCCAUGUUCACCACAAUGCCAUACCGCCAAUGUUACGUGUUGUUUGCGAAUCAACGAGAUAUUUGUCGUCGUGUUCUUCGAACGUUGUAUAGUUUUAUGUCAAACCGAGAACCGUUUCUGUACAUAUUGUUCAACUUGUUUCUAUAAAAAAUAAAAUGUUAUUAUUUAAGACCA